AGAUAAACAUAAGGGAGGAAAAUAAAUAUGAACCGAUCGGUUAACGUGUAGUUAUAGCUAAAUUUUUUUUUACAUUGAAUGUUUGCACUUAUGUAACGGUUCUGGGGUUAAAAACAACUUUGAACGAAAAUUAGUUUUGCAGCCUAAUGAGAGGUUUGAUAUGUAUUGAGCACGAUAACUCUCGUCACUACCAAAAAGCACCGAGGCUUGACGUCAGCAACCGUUCUUGGUUCUCCAUUGGUUCUAUUAUUUAAAGGCAGCUGUACUGCUUGGCAGUCAUUGGUUUGCGCCAAUUGGACACGAAUUUCAAAUGUUUGGAGAUCUGGCGCAUUUUCUUUAUUUAUCUCGUUCAAGUAUCAAGAAGGUAACAAAAACUAAACCGCAGAUCUAGGUGAAAAGAACAUUUAAAGGUAUGAGAUAUGCAUUCCAUGGCUCCACAUUUUCAAUGAAAAUGAAGUGUCCGUCCAAAUACGACGAUCCUCGAUUUCCAUGUGACACCGAGAAACAAGUCACAUUUAAAGAGUCAUGUCUUAAAUCCUCACCAUUCAAGGGAUGCACCCAAGUACUAGUCAAACCACAGCUUUCUUCAGAUGUCACCACCACUGCCAACCUGAGCCUCAAGGAUGGUGGAAAAGCUAUUCACAAUAAGGAAAACAACCAACAUGACAGAACCCUUGACCAGGUGAACCUAGACUGUGAGGCAUUUGAGGACAGUGGUUACCUGUCCUUGCAGAACAGCCAAAUAGAGGACUUUGAUAACGUAAAGGAACAAGGGAUAUCUCCAGAGAAGGACCUCGUAUCCUGCUGUACCCCAGAUGUCGAGGCUAAGUUCACAUCAUCAAAACUCCCCAUACUGAACUUUCAACAUGCUGUGUGCAAAGAACUUGCCAACAGCUUCCAGCGAACCCAAAGCUACGACUGGACUGCCAUUAGCCGGCUAGCUGAGAACUAUGGCCUUGACAGAGUUAUUGGUGGGAACAUGGGCCUUGAAUGUAUGGAUAUUUUAAAAGCCCUGCUGGAGAAGAACAUGAAGCACAUCCUCACCCGGAUCCUACAAAUGCUGGGAGAUGUUGACUUGAUAAGCUGUAGAAAAGUGAGCAAGAGCUGGAGAAAAAUAAUCAGUCAAGACAAGUCGGUCUUCUGUAGAUGCCGCCAGGCUGAGCAGAGAAUUGGGGACUCAGGAACUCCUGCAGGACUGGAAAAUGCUAAGUCCCUGACGCGCGAUUCUUUGACGUCCAGGGUCGUAAUGUCCUCUAUUCAAAGAGUAGCUUCUACCCCUACCCAGAAGUAUAGCAAGAGGAUGUUUUCCCAGAGAGACGGCACACAGACCCCGCACUGCUCCCAGGUGUCUCGAUUUAGAGAAUACCAAGAGGCUGCCAGUUCGCUGAAGCAGUGCGAGUCGCUGAAGCCCUGCAAGCGCUGCGGCUCGCCUGCCAAACACGACGCCGAUGCCAUGAGGGCCACCUGUACCCGCGCCAGCUGUGCCUUUGACUUCUGCACUCAGUGCCUGGGCCCGUUCCACGGCUCUACAGCCUGCGGUGUGGGGCUGGCCCAUAGUCCCAGCAGCUCCAGAGCCACCCGCGUCCUCAUUGGCAGCGCUCGUAGCAAAAGGAAUGUCAGGCGCCUGUGAAGUCCACGCGCCCUCUGAUAAAGGCCCAACGAUGCACCGUUUUAAAGUCUUUCCGAAUGUUUUAUUCAUAAACCUUUUAAGCCCGCUGCCGCCGUGCCUCAAACUGAAAGGAACUGUGGCAUUGGAAUAUCAUGUUUGAAUGCACCGUAUUUUUGGACAUUCGGUGGAUGCCAGUUGUCCGGAAUAUGUCGUCGGAAAGCGACAAAUGUACUGGAAGACCCAAAAAAGGAAACAGAAUUAAAUAUUUUACUAGUAAUUUUAUAUUUGUUAUUGAUAUGUCCUAAAUAUAUUUGUAAAUAUUUUAA